AUGGUUGAAGAAGGAGGGAGGGGGGAGGAGCAGGAGGAGGAGCAGGAGGAGGAGCAGGAGGAGGAGCAGGAGGUGGAGCAGGAGGUGGAGGACAAAAACCCAUACGAUCGCAGAGACUACAUAGCAGCAAUAUGGAUAGGUAUCUGGGUCAAAAUCAAAAAUGUAGGAAAAUCCAUGGAUAUCCUAAGUGCUGAAUCUGGAAUUUGGUGUGCAGCUAUGUAG